GCUGUUUCUGUGUAUCUGCGAGAUACGCUACGCUUUUAUCUGGCAGCACAAAAGAAAUGCUCAAAUUAAAUGCGAAUUUAUGGUAUUCUUCAUCUCGUGCUGUGUUGUUUUUUGUUUUUUGUUGGUUUUUUCCUAGUGCUUGGCAGAUUUCUGCUUCCAUAUAUGGCAGAGAGAAACUUAACGGUCGUGAAAGCAACAAAAAAAAACCAAACAAUAUACAAUGAUAAUUCCUACUUUUGUGUGCAGCAAAUGAGGAAUAUCUAUUUUUGUGUGGGCCAGAGAUAAGUCGCAUCUAAAUAUAUAGUCAUAUAAAGAAAAUGGUGGAUUUAUACUGGGAGAGAGCGAGCUCUGUAAUUAAUUAUGUAUUUACACACAAGAACAAAUAUUGAAACGAGAGAUAAUCCGCCUAGGAACCCGGGAUUGUAUCUCUGAACAGGUUCCUUUGUGUGUGGAUACUCGUACUCGCAUAUAUUUGCUCUUACGAAGCAUUGACUCUGUUGAGGUUGAGGUCAUCCCCGCACAAUGUUCGUUUAUGAACAGAAAACGUUAUAUGGGAAUCCGGUACAAGGAUUCCAGCACCCAAAUACGAUGAUUUUUCGAUCUAGUUAGCUUUGAUUUCACAGUAAACUUAGUUUCCGACAUUUCACAGCUGUCGAACCUUCGAAUUUUCAACACAAGUAAAAUUAUGUCCGAAAUAGUGGGAAAGAGCAGUUCUUCCGGGUCCUUAACGCCCACAAAUCGUCGUCCGGUCCUCUCCACGAUGGAGCUAUUGGGAAGAUGCAAGCGACUGCUGGCGCUCAAGGAGAAUCAAACCAGCAACGAUUUGUAUGAGAUCAAGGAGCGCUUGUUGGUCGCCAUUUCCAACCCAUCUCUGACCCGCAUCGAUUCGCUGGCAAGCUUUAAAGAAAGGCCCAUUCCGUCACGGGUGAGCUCCUGUAGCGGAAGCUCCAGCAGCUCGAGCAGUUUGUCUUUGGUAUCUGGCAUUUCCGGAUCAUCGCCGGACUCGCAGAACUAUCGCACACACAUGCUAUGGGACUACGUCAAGGUGCAGGAUGGGUGCAGAGUGCAGCCAGAGCUGGCCACUCUGCCAAUGGAAAUACAGCAGCCGGUCAUACUCAAAGAGCUGAUCCAAUGUCUGGUCGGUGUCCGAGGCAUCUACAUUCAGCCCCUGCCGCCAGAUGAGAACGAUGGCGAUACUUAUUUUACCAUCGACAGUCAGCUGGACAAAAGUGUCACGGAGGUGGUGCAGAGCAUGCUGCCCCUGGCCACGUACUUCAUGGGCAUCCAGAGGAUCAUGGCGGCCGGCGAUGGCCACGGACAGGUACUCAACGCUCUCAAUUGUGCCCUCCAAGAUCUGACCAACGACUUCUACAUGCUGAUCUCGAAGGUGGACGAGGAGAUGAAGCGGCAGCAGAUGACGAUACAGAUGCUCCACUACUACCUGCAGCCCACUAUGUGGGUGAUGGAGGAAAUCUGGAAGGUGAUGCGGAAUAUUCAACAGAAUAAAUGCCAGGGGGCCGCAGUGCUGAACCAUCUGUACGGACGUAUAAGCCUGCUGGAGGGCAACAAUGCGGUCCAGCAGAUGAUGAUCAAUCUGACGAAUACGGCAGCCCAGCCGUACAUGCAAAAGCUGCAACUGUGGAUCCACAAGGGACAGCUGGUGGAAGACAGCAAUGAGUUCCUGGUGCAUGACAACGACACAGGACGCCUGUACACUAUGCCCGGUCGCUACUCGGACGACUAUUGGGAGAAACGCUACACCGUGUGCCGAGACGGGGUCACCACAUUUUUGAAGAAGCACACGGACAUGAUUCUGGCCACCGGCAAGUACCUGAACGUGAUCCGACUGUGCGGCAAGGGGACGCUGCCCAUCCAGGUGGUUAAACUGGACGAGCAGCUGCAGCCGACCAGUGGCGGGCGGAUCGAGAAGGUGAUCAACGAGGCCUACUACUUUGCAGCCAGCAUGCUCCUCAACCUGCUGCUGACGGAGCACGACCUGAUGGGGCACCUCAAGUCGGUGAAGAGUUACUUGCUGCUGGGCCAGGGCGACUUCAUCACACAGUUCAUGGACGCCUGUGAGACUGAGUUGUCCAAGAAUGUGGAUGACGUUCAGCCCAUGAUUCUGGAGAACCUGCUCGGUCUCACUCUGCGGCUCUCCUUGGCCCGCCACGACCCCUACAACGACGAUGUGCACUGCGAGCUGCUCACGUAUGACCUGGUCACCCAGCUGUCGAAGAUUUUGGGCCAUAAUGGGGAGGAAGAGGAGGCAGAAGAGUUGGAGGAGGAGCUGGAGGAGGAUCGCCGCCAGGACCUCACCGGCAUCGAGUGCUUUUCCUUCUCGUACGAGGCCAAGUGGCCCUGUUCGCUCGUCCUCAACCGCAUUGCCAUCUCCAAGUACCAGCUGCUCUUCCGCCAGCUCUUCUUCUGCAAGCACGCCGAGCGACAGCUCUGCAAGAUCUGGAAGAUGAACCACACGCAGAAAGGUCGGCCAUCGCGUCAGCUCACGGAACUGCACCGGUCGCUGUGCAUCUUGCGGCAGCACAUGAUGAACGCCAUACAGAAUAUCGAGUACUACAUGAUAUACGAGGUGAUUGUGCCCAAUUGGCAUCACUUUAUCGAGCGCUUGGAGACGGUGGAGAACGUGGACCAGGUGCUCGAGCACCACCAGAACUUCCUUGACGAGUGCCUCAAGAAAUGCGUCAUGACCGAAUCCUCGUACCUGAGUCGUGCCAUCUUUAAGCUGUGCAAGAUCUGCAUCGAUUUCUGCGACUUUGUCCAGCAGGAGAGCCUGUUGGAGCCGUCCGAGAGCCUUGUGGAGCGUGUCCAAUGUUUCGAUUGGGAAUUCAAGGACCUGCUGGUAUCGUUCCUACUGAAAAUCAAAUAUUCGGCCGGGAAAAACGCCAAUAGCCUUAUUAACCUGGUACAUUGGGUAAACGUCAAUGGAUUCUACACCAAUCAGAUGGAGAAGCUCUCCUCAGAAACAAACACAGACCAAGACGAAGACCAAGAUUCUGUUUGUUUAAUGAAUUAAAGAGUUUCGAAGUUAACUUAGAGAAGGACCUUUUAAUCUGCAAGGGUUCCUCAUUUCCCUUUAGCACCGAUGUUUUUCCAAGUUUCAUUUCCGCCUCGUGCUCAUUACCAUUUCUUCUCUGGGUUUCUUCGAACAAAAUGUAUUAUCAGCUUAAAUGAAUUCUUAAUGCAAAGACUCUUGUUUGCUGUUUCCUGCCUCUGUUUCCCAUUCGCUCUCGUACUCGGGUUUCUUGUCUAUCAAUUUCCUGUUCUAUUCAAGAGCUUUCUUUAAGAACUCGAUUUGCCAUUAACUUUCCAUUAUUAUUAUACAACAAUUUGCAUUACGAAUUGUGUUAAAGUUUCCUUUUGGCGCUGAGCCAAUGCCACACACACGUCUGAUUCCAUCUUGCACACUUCACAGAACAUUUGAAGAUCAGGCCACAUGACGGCAGUGCACCACAACGUAUGCACGAGGCGAUCCACCAAUGCCAAACCACUGAACCACGCAACCGCACAAUCGCGCACACUCAUGGAGAGGGGCGAAAACCACAGCAAUGACUUUAUUUUAAUUCGAAAUUCGCCUCGAGUUCUGUUCUUCUUUUCCUAUACUUGGGUUCCAUGGGUGAGUUUUCAGUUUUGUUUCAGUUUUUAGAUUGGCAUUAGUCAUCAUCAAUAGCCAUCGUCAUCGUCAGUCGUUCUCACCGCCAGCAGUUGCAUUUUGCUUUUGGUCUUUUGAGCAUACACUUGCAACAGGGUAUUCGAAUUCUAACCAGCUGUUGGCAAUGCAAAGAUCUGUCUUUUAUUGUCGGGAUCUGGUGUUACGGUUACUCUAGAGUGGGUUUAGUCAUGAUUGAAUCAUUGUAUUAUAUUUAGCUUACUUUUUAAGUUAACUUUAGAAACCUGCAGGCAGAAAUACGGUAGGUACUACAUCGAAGAAGAUUUGAUCGGAAAACAAGGCCACGAUCCUUAGUAAUAUAAUAUACUCAUACAGAUAUAGUCAAAAA